GAAAGGAAAAAGAUCAAACAACACUUACCUGUUUGCGACAUCCUUAUCACCUGUAUGAAGGAUCUCACUAUUCUAUCUUGUGGAAGAAACUACAGACAUUUCCACAAACUGUAAGAGAGGAACAGCCUUAAGACAGAAUUCCUACGGCUUUGAAGAUGCAACUAAAAACCUUUUUUAAAGCAGCAAUUAAGCUGAUUUCCAAGAAAAAUGCCAUCACCUCUGUUCCAUUGAGCUUUAUGUUGUUGGGUUUGCAGGCGUUGCUUGAUGUCCAGUUCUCAUGCCCAUGCAAAGUUAAGUGGAACGCACUUAUAUCAGGUUUCCUCUUCAUUGUACCCAGUCUCUUUGCUUUCGUCAUAAUGUUCAUGCUUUUGAGGCCUUGUAAAUAUAAAUGCAGCUAUUCACAAAGACAGAACAGUGGUGGAAGAACGCAAGGUCAGGACAACAAUGAAGCCUCUCAGGAAGAAGACAAAAGUGGACAAUCUCAAGAACAGAACAAAAGUGCAAUAUAUCAGUCUGAAGAAACGAGGCAGAGUUUUGAGACCGUUUUGAUGGCUUGUCUGAUUCCACCGAUUGUGUGGAUCUGUAUAUUUCUAAUUGAUGGUGAUUAUCUUGCAUGUGGAUUCACAGACUGGAAUGGACGGUAUGCCUGUGAUAAGGACUUGCAUCCGAUUUGUUUGAACUGGUGCAAACCUACUGAAUUAAACCAAGGAGGAAAUGAGACCGAACUAUAUGAACAAACACGAGAGUUGAUUGAUCAAUCAAAGUGUAUAGGUUAUUGCCUGGCAUUUGUCUUCUGCAUUAUAGCAAUUAUUAUUGUGACUGCUAACGACUGCAACAAAGGUCGCAAUUCAGCCUGCUGCAGAAGUGCAGAUCCAGAAAAUAAAGUUGAGGAACGGACUGAUCUGUUGGCAGACUUACGCAAGAACCAAAGUGUGCAACAUGAGAUGGGCAAGCUUCAAGAUGACGGCUCGCGACACAGACAUCCAAGUCAAGUUGUAGAAAUAGAAGAAAAAGUUUAAUAGAUCAAUUCCAGAUCAUAUGCUGUGUUUACAUUCUGUAUAUAUUCUAUUUCCGAA